UAGGAGAGCUUUAUCAAAAAUUACGUUUGACCAGUGGCCUUAUAUUAUCAGACGUACAAUUAUGAUACGAGAUAGCGACAUUGGCACUUGGAUGUAGGUGGGAGAGCAAGCGUUAUCAGUUUGAAAUGUUUCAGUAAUGUACACGGAAGGAGCGAACAUGCCGCUUAUUCCUUCCGAAGUUUAUUGUUAGUGCGAUCUGGUGAAAAUUUGUGAUAAACCGGCAAUGUCUAAUAAUUAUAAAUGUGAAGUAAUUCCUACAAGAAACAACGAGGGGGAGGUAAACUUCACCGCCGGUAGAAAGCGAAGUUCGAAGAAGUUCCAGGAUGCCGAAGCGGAAGUGCGACCGGCCAGCUACGAGAGGAAAAAAGGGACUUGCACGAAGAACACAGUCCACUACUUCUGCGAGUUUUGCGAUAACACCUCCAUUCACGGCUUCAAAUUUUUGGGCGAACGAAAGCGCUACGUCCUCGAGAAGGUUUGGUGGGCGUUGAUAAUUUUGGUAGCUUUCUUCAUGUCCUCGUCUUUGAUCAGAAAGUCAUACUUUAAGUGGCAAAGCUCGCCGAUUAUCGUCACGUUUGCGACCCGCGAGACUCCGAUAUGGGAGAUUCCGUUUCCGGCCAUCACAAUUUGCCCGGAGGUGAACGCUCACCCCAAGGUGUUUAACUACAGUGACGUAUACUUGAAGUACAGGAUGAAGCAGAAGACCACCGAAGAGGAGGAUACGUAUUUUAGGCUGUACUCGACGAUCUGCAACGAGCAUUUGGAAUUCGUCGAUCAAAAUGCUACGAAACUGAUGACCAACGACGAAUUUGUUAUGUUUUUGGGUUCUUUUGCAGAUUUGCAAAUGGAGCAGUGUUCGUGGCUUGGAGACAGUUUGAGUUGCGAGCGAAGCUUCACCAACAUUUUAACCAGCGAAGGCUGGUGUAGGACCUUCAACAUGUUACAUCCUGACGAAGUAUACGUAAACGCCGGAGAACUGUCGGAAAACCACACCAGGAGAGCCCAGGAAUGGAGUUUGGAGGAAGGAUACCCGGCGGGUGUCGGUUUGAACACCUACCCUAGAAGAACUAUGCUGACGGGUGCCAAGGCUGGGCUGCAGCUGGAUUUGUUUGUCGAUGAUUCCAACUUGGACUAUUUGUGUAGUGAAAUUAGCGGUUUCAAGGUAACUCUGCACCAUCCUGCCGAAAUACCAGAUAUGGACACUCACUUCCGAAUUCCCAUGGACGAAGCUGCAGUUGUCGCAAUUAAACCUAGCAUGAUUAAGACAUCGGAAGAAAUUAGAUCGUAUAGCAUUUACGACCGUCUGUGCUAUUUACCUGGUGAAAGGCAGCUGAGCAACUACAAAAUCUACACGCAACAAAACUGCAUGGUGGAAUGCCUCGCUAACUACACUCUGCACGUCUGCGGUUGCGCAGGAUUCUACAUGAUCUCUCAAGAGGACGUGACGCAUAUGUGUGGAGCUGGAAGUAGGAAAUGUUUGGAGGAAGCUCGAGUCUCCUUCUUGGAAAAUGACCUGGAGGAUUUCAUCUUGGGAAGAAGCAUGGGGGAGAAAAUUCAAGACCCCAGGGAGUGCUUUUGUCUGCCAUCGUGCACGUCAAUCUCAUUCGACGCGGAGGUCUCACAAUCGCAAUGGGACUGGCGAAAAACCUUCCAUUACAAGGAACACGACGAAAGCUUCAACAUAACCUUUGAAAGGGACCACUUUUCGCGACUGAUCGUCUACUACAAGAACCUACAGUUCAUGACGUCGGAGAGGAACGAGCUUUACGGCCUUUCCGAUUUUUUGGCGAACUGCGGCGGUUUCCUCGGUCUCUUCUGCGGGCUCUCCUUUACGUCCAUCAUGGAGGUUCUCUACUACCUGACGCUACGGAUUGCCUGCAACACGCUCAGGUUCGGCAGACGGGUUUGGUCCGGCAAUCAGAAGAUGGUCGAGCGGGAAAGGAUGCGAAAGAUCGGGUUGAAGCAGCAGCAACGAUAGACUGCGUGUCUUAAUCGGGGAGUCUGGGUUACUCCAACUGAAAGUUUGCACCAAACGAAAAUGCAACAGCGCGCUGACCAAAUUCUCUUCUUAAGAGUGUCUAGCGUUGGCUACAAAUUGUAAUUGUUUGCAAAAAGAUAUGAUUUUAUUUGCUUUAAUAAAUUAUUACAUGACUGA